CAAAGAUUGCCAUUCGCCGCCACGCGCUAUUGUUUGAUCUCGCAGACAGCAUCAGCUUUUAGGACUUGUCGAUGGUGGGCACGGAACCAAGCUGGACGACCAUCCCGGGAAAGGCGGGGUCCAUUAAUCACAAUGUUUGCAGAAAGACCUACGAAAAGCACAUCCUGGAGUCGAACAUCCCUUGGCACACUGGCUAUCCGAUCGACAGGCCCUGUUCACCCCGUCCACGCAGCCCACUGCCAAGCAGAGGCGACGAAUGCGGUAAUGAUCGAUUGGCAAAGCGGAACUCGUCCGUGGGCAGUUGCUCAACCAGCAGUUCUCUUGGCCGCCAGGACACCAACAGGGCUGCGAUGCAAACCUCCAGAGGUCUAUGGAGAGAUCUGCCGAGAUAUGGCAGACAUGGCGGUGCACCCUUCGAAGUGGACUUUGCCGGUCGACAAGUUGCCAAAGAGACGGUGUGUGACGAUCAACGGACGGCAAGGAGAAGCCUAAGUCCCGCACGCCUGCGUUACAUGAUGGAGAUGGCAGAAUCUGGCCCCAACCGUGAACUGGCACCAGCGCGCCGCCGGAAGGCGAAGCCUCGCUCAGUGUCGCCGCAGGUGGCAAGUGGAUCCGCGCAGCGUUGGAUGCCUGAGGCGGCUAAGCAGGCGGCCCCGCGCUCGUUCUCACCCCCUCCGCCGGCAGCAUGCUGCCGGCGAGAAGUGUCUCCAGCGGGAGAAGAUCAGGCUUUAGCGGCAUCUCAGUCUCAGCUGGGCUCGUGGAUGUCCUUGGGAGAAUCGCCUGCAAGGGGCCUUGCGAAGGCCUUGUCGAGGCCCUGCGUGGACGGUUUUCAACCAGAAAGAGGAGGGUGCCAACCCCACCCUGCACAGACAGCGCCGCUGCCUCUAUCGACUGGGCCACAAGUACCACAAGUACAAUGCCAUAUAGCGCCAGCAGCAGCGCCAGCAGCAGCGCCAGCAGCUGUUCAAGGAGCACAAGCACCAGUCUUGAGGCUUCCUGUUCAGCCUCGCAUGGUAUGUGGCUUUCAUUGCGAACCAGUGACGAUAGCACUUCGUUGAGGCGAAGACAGAAUCCACCAG